AUGGAACCAGUCAGCGAACAACACUUAGAAUUGAAAAAAAAUCUAUUGCUUAAUCUUAAAGUGAUCACAGAACCUGUCACCUUCAGGGUGAAAGUUGCAGAAAAAGGUAGUGUAUGGAAACUACCGGAAGCAGCCGCCUACAUCACAUUUCAUGAGGGAGCUGUGCCAAAACCUUUGUUAUUUACUUGUUCAGUAUUGCCUCCUAAACUUUGCAGUCCACCCAUUUCUGGUGAUGAGGUUUUGGUGAGCAAUGUGAUUGAACUAUCACAUGAUGGUUCACCAGAUCUAGAGUUUAGUGGAGAUGAUGAAGGAAAAGUAACUGUGGCUUUGUUGCACAGCGCAAGUGAUUUAAAGGGCUAUGAAGUGGUUAUCAAGCAAUUGGUGGAUCCACUCAACAACAAAUGGAAGGAUUUGAAGACUUGGCAUGCAUCAGGUACAGGUUACAUGUCAUUCAUGAUUAUUGUUAAUGAGCUUUUGGAUAGUGCUGCAAAACCAAAAUCAAAGCAUGAACUUCUUUUUCAAUUCACAUGUGAAGUGCCAGACUUUCCAGACAUACAAGUUGAAGUUCCUCUCACUUCUGUACCUGUUGAUCAGGAUUUUACAUGGACAAUCAAGGUACAAGAAUUUCCAAACAAUGAGGUUGAAAAAAUUGGGAUGCUGUGCAGUCCAGUCAUUCAUAUUUCAAGCUCUCAGAACAUUGUUCAUAUGACAAUCAAGGUUCCCCUCGCCCUUCGGGAAAGUAAGCAUGACUUCUCAAAGCUUUCAAAUGACGUCAUAAGGAUAUUAUACCUUGACUCAGAGGGCAAACCAUGGAACACUAGCUGGAAAGAUAUCACAGGUCAACUAGAAGGGCCACUUACUCUUAAAGAUGGAAAUGUAGAAUUCAAGGUGAAGCAUUUCUGCCGAUUCUGUCCAGCACCCAUAAGACCCACACCACAAGAUGUACAUUUUCUUGUUUGUUUAAGUGAGACAACAGUUCCUGAUACUUACGCAAUUUUACUCCACUGUUACCCAAGCUUUAAAAGAGAUGAGGUUGAAAAGGAAUUGUCAAGAUACAACAUACCUUACAAAGGUGAAGGAAUGUCGAAAGAGCCUGUAUGUGUCGGGGAUGAAAUAGUGGUUUCCCUAGUAGGAGUUGAUUUUGUGCAGGAGUCUCAAAGGAAUGAAAAGUUAGUUCUCAGGUUUCUUGGAAAUGAUGUAUCUGACAACAGAGACAUGGCUUUGAUUGUUCACUUGGACAGUGAAAGUGCUGCAACAGUGAAGUUCUGCAAAGACAAAGAGCUGCAAAAACUACUCUGUGAAGUGCCGAUCUUAAAGACAGCAGUAUCUGUGGUUCCUGUAACAGUGGCACCUGCACUUGGCACAUCCCAGGAAAUUCCUGCUAGAAAACCAAGAACUAAACCUAAAAAAAGAAAGAGAAGAAGGGAACAUAAAGUGAAAGCUUCUGGUUACACUGAAGUCAAGCAAGAGGAAGAAAAUGGCUCAGCUGCCAAAAAACCUAAACUUGUUACUACUGGAGAACCUAGAACUUCUGGGGUAUCCAGCACCAAUAAGACAAGGAAGUUUAAGGGUAAGGACAAAGUGAAAAAAGGCAAUCCUGAUAAUGAUGAAUUAGAACAACUGGCCAAUGACAUUGAUCCUAGUGAUUGGAAGAAAUUUGCAAGAAAAUUAAGAUUCAUGAUCCAAAGAUCACAGCCAUACAUAAGGAAAAUGAGGAGUUUUAUGAAAAGAUAUACCAAAUGCUGCUAA